UCUAAUUUUUUCUUUUCAACCAAUAUUUUGCCCUCUUUUUUGGAUUUCGAUAAAUCCUGUUAUCUUCUCAAUCCUUAUAUACUGUUCGCACUAUCAGUUUUGUCCAGUGAGCUUGACAAUCCCAGAUAUUCACAUCCUGGUCACCAGUGCCCCACUCAAGUUGCUCCACUAGUUCAGACCUCAAUUCAGACUGAACAACAACUCGAUAAAAUGGCUGAGCGUUUUGACUUAUUUUGUCACGCUAUAGUGACGAUAGUUAACUCUCACGAGUUAACUUCUAAGGUUUACAAUCAUUUACGAGAGAAAUUGGGCGAAUUUUUUCAAAAAAUCGAAAGCCUGACAGACGAAGUUUCAAUUCAGCAAUCGGGAAGCUCGUACGAUAAACUUCACAUGACAUGGUUGCUUAAGGAUGAAUCUGGCGAACUGAUUUUCGUACCAGCUACUGAUUUUGACUUUAACAUCGUCUUAAAAAGGCUGCUGAUAGCUGUGGAAGACGAAGUUGAAAAUUGUGGGACGGAUAUUGACCGACCUUCGACUGCUUACUUCGGUGUAUUGCAUCCUUCUCAGAAUCCAGGAUAUGUUAAGAUCCGAGUUACCCAGCAAGGAAGACAAUACCUCAAAGAUAAACACUGUGAUUAUUUAUUUGAAGACAUUGACUCCGAGGGUUUUAUCAACAACUUCUCACUAAAAAGAGGAGUUUUAGAGGGACUGGCCGGACGUUAUACUGUAUCUGGUCCAGCGUUGUCAGAUUUCUUCUCUGCAGUUAAACAGGGAGUCAGCCACGACUUCGUCUAUGCAUUACCAGUGGAUGGUUGGCCAGCGGAUGCAGCCGAGUGGAUAUCAAGAGAUAGACCUAAUGCUUGGCCUAGCGAAGAUUUAGUAGCUAGAAUUAUAGCAGAUAAAUGCAUGGUUGUCCCAGUAGGACAUUACACAAGUGACCAAUCUGCUCUUGAAUGGCGUAUUUCAUUCAACCACAGUGAGCGUCUUCUUUCCACUUCUCUCAAUCACGUUCAACGUCACUGUUAUUGCUUGACCAAGCUGCUCUUGAAGACAAGUCUACCUGAAAGCUGCAUUCUGUCAUCUUACCAUAUGAAAAAUAUCUUUUUCUACAUGGUGGAGAGCCAAACUCAGCUGAUCUGGGAAAAUCAGAAAAUAGGAUAUCUCCUGAUAGAGGUUCUUAAGGAGAUAGUCCGAGGUUUGGCCAACCACAACAUUCCAAAUUAUUUCAUCCGAAGCAACAACAUGAUUAGGCACAGAACAAAGGAGGAAGUGAAAUCCACUCUCAAAGAGGUCUCCAAACUCAUUGAGAAUCCUCUCUCAGCAUUGGCAGCUUUGUUGCAGAAGCUUCAGAUGUAUGAUCAAAAA